AUGCCACACUACCUGACGCUCCUGCUCGACUGUCCUGUUGUAAUCACAGCCAUUUUUGCUGCUGGGAUUGGGGGGACGUUUCAGUAUGGAUUCAGUAUAUCUGUGAUGACUUCUCCGUCUGCUUUUAUAAAGGAGCUGGUGAACACAACAUGUGUGCAGAGAUACAACAUGUACCUGGAGCAGUGGCAGCUUUCUCUCAUCUGGUCCUUCUUGGUGUCUAUUUACUGCAUCGGGGGACUGCUCGGGGGGGUCAUAGCGGGUCCUGUUCUCUCAAAAAUUGGGAGAAAGGGCUGCCUUUUGUUCAACAAUUUUGUGGCGAUAAUCGGAGCUGUGUUGAUGAUCUGUAGCAGGACAGCCAUGUCCUUUGAGAUGAUCAUGGUGGGACGGUUUCUCUACGGCAUCAAUUCGGGACUCAGUCUUGCAGCUCACCCCUUGUAUCUGGUUGAGUGUGCCCCCAAGAGGCUGCGAGGGAUGGUGGGUGUCACAGUUGGUACCUCUAUUUCCCUGGGGAAGUUUGGUGGUCAGCUGCUGGGGAUCAGUGAGUUACUUGGUACAUAUGAGAGGUGGCCAUGGCUGCUUGGUUUCAACGGCUUCACAGCGCUGGUCCAGCUCUCCACACUGCCCUUCCUUCCAGAGUCUCCCAGCUUCCUGCUGCUGGACAGAGGAGACCGUCAGGCCUGUGAGAAAGCUCUGAGGAGACUGUGGGGCGACCAGGACCACAGCAUGAAGGUGGAGGAGAUGCUGCAGGAGAAAGCUGCCCUACAGGGUGUACGUAACCACUCAGUGUUGGAGCUGUUACGGGACAAAACACUGCGCUGGCAGCUCAUCACCAUCUUUGUUACUUUCAGUGCACUGCAGCUCUGUGGCAUCAAUGCUGUGUACUUUUAUUCUUUUGACGUCUUUCGUGCUGCAGGAAUCCAACCACAACAUUUACGUUAUGCGGCCCUGGGAACAGGUCUGUGUGAGCUGUGCACCUCCAUUGCCUGUUUCAUGAUCAUUGAGAAGAUGGGCAAAAAAGUCCUUCUGUCCAGAGGAUACAUGGGAAUGGCUGCAACCCUGAUCCUCCUCACCAUUACUCUGUACCUGCAAACUCAUGUUUCCUGGAUGCCAUACUGCAGCAUGGUCCUCAUUUUCAUCUUUAUUUUCUUUUUUGCCAGUGGGCCAGCUGGAGUAUCGGCUCCUCUUCCUGGAGAAAUAUUAACUCAGCCUUAUAAAUCAGCUGGAUACACCAUCGCCUGUACUCUUAACUGGUCUGGCCUGUUUAUACUGGGGAUGGUUUUCCCAAUCUUAGUGGAGGAGCUGGAGUACUUUUGUUUCCUUAUAUUCCUGUUUUUCUGCACCGUCUGUGGGCUGUUUGUGUGGUUCAACGUCCCUGAGACCAAAAAUCGGACAGCACUGGAGAUAGCUGCAGAAUUUCAGAGGAUGCAUGGCAAAUCUGAAGAGAUACAGACAAGCAAAUCCACUGAACCGAACCUGAAUGGACUAACAUUAUAUGACACCAAACUCUGA